AGGGAGAAUAUAAGGAAUCAUGAAGUUAUAGUUGUAGGUGAGAGGUUACACAGCUUCAAGGUCUCAUCAAUGGAGAAUUCUUAUUCCUCAUCCUCUGUUGACAGUACUAAGCCUUCACCUUCUGAAUCUUCUGUUAAUCUCUCCCUUAGCCUCACCUUUCCUUCUACUUCUUCACAAAGAGAGACAAGUCAAGAUUGGCCCCCUAUAAAACCUCGUUUAAGAGACACACUAAAGAGUCUUCGUCAUCGUCAACGCGGUUACAACACAGCUCUCUUUGUCAAGGUUUAUAUGGAAGGUGUCCCCAUUGGGAGAAAGCUCAAUCUUUCCACAUUCUCAGGCUACGAGAGUAUGUUAGAAUAUCUGUCUCACAUGUUCGAUACUUCAGUUAUCUGCGGUUCACGAGAUAGAAAACACCACGUUUUGACGUAUCAAGACAAAGAUGGAGAUUGGAUGAUGGUCGGUGACAUUCCAUGGGAGUAA